AUGAUAAAUAAGAUUUGUAUCACAAUAGAAAAUCCACCAGAGAAGAUCCACAUCACAACAGACAAUUCAUCAGAGAAGAUCCAUACCACCACAGACAAUCCACCAGAAAAGAUCCAUACCACCACAGACAAUCCACAAGAGAAGAUCCAUACCACCACAGACAAUCCACAAGAGAAGAUCCAUACCACCACAGACGAUCCACCAGAAAAGAUCCAUACCACCACAGACAAUCCACAAGAGAAGAUCCAUACCACCACAAACAAUCCACAAGAGAAGAUCCAUACCAUCACAGACAAUCCACAAGAGAAGAUCCAUACCACCACAGACAAUCCACCAAAGAAGAUCCAUACCACCACAGACAAUCCACCAGAAAAGAUCCAUACCACCACAGACAAUCCACAAGAGAAGAUCCAUACCAUCACAGACAAUCCACAAGAGAAGAUCCAUACCAUCACAGACAAUCCACAAGAGAAGAUCCAUACCACCACAGACAAUCCACAAGAGAAGAUCCAUACCAUCACAGACAAUCCACAAGAGAAGAUCCAUACCACCACAGACAAUCCACAAGAGAAGGUCCAUACCACCACAGACAAUCCACAAGAGAAGAUCCAUACCACCACAGACAAUCCACAAGAGAAGAUCCAUACCACCACAGACAAUCCACAAGAGAAGAUCCAUACCACCACAGACAAUCCACAAGAGAAGAUCCAUACCAUCACAGACAAUCCACCAGAAAAGAUCCAUACCACCACAGACAAUCCACAAGAGAAGAUCCAUACCAUCACAGACAAUCCACAAGAGAAGAUCCAUACCACCACAGACAAUCCACAAGAGAAGAUCCAUACCACCACAGACAAUCCACAAGAGAAGAUCCAUACCACCACAGACAAUCCACAAGAGAAGAUCCAUACCACCACAGACAAUCCACAAGAGAAGAUCCAUACCACCACAGACAAUCCACAAGAGAAGAUCCAUACCAUCACAGACAAUCCACAAGAGAAGAUCCAUACCACCACAGACAAUCCACCAAAGAAGAUCCAUACCACCACAGACAAUCCACAAGAGAAGAUCCAUACCAUCACAGACAAUCCACAAGAGAAGAUCCAUACCACCACAGACAAUCCACAAGAGAAGAUCCAUACCACCACAGACGAUCCACAAGAGAAGAUCCAUACCACCACAGACACUAGCCUGCACCAAAGAAAACAUGUAUCCCUGUAG